GGCGGGCGGCGGCGCGCGCGGGGCCUACCCACCGCCUCAGCGUGAGGUGCAGAAAUCAGACUCAGCCAUGUCCUGGCACACAGACUGCUGACAGCCCUUCUGCUUUUCUGCUCAGUUUAGUCCAGGAGGAUCUCAUCUCUGGGGUCAUCCUUUGGGACAGGAUUACACCCUGGGCCUGAAGGCUGGAAGAGCAGGAGGAAGAGAGGGAUGGAACGUUUGGCUUCCUUCAGCAAUGACCCUUUUGAUAAACCUCCCUGCAGAGGUUGCUCCUCAUACCUGACAGAGCCCUAUGUGAAGUGUGCUGAGUGUGGGCCUCCCCCCUUCCUCCUCUGUUUGCAGUGUUUCACACGAGGAUUUGAGUACAAGAAACAUCAAAGUGAUCAUACUUAUGAGAUAAUGACUUCUGAUUUCCCUGUCUUGGAUCCUAACUGGACAGCUCAAGAGGAAAUGGCUCUCCUGGAAGCUGUGAUGGACUGUGGGUUUGGAAACUGGCAGGACGUAGCCAACCAGAUGUGCACAAAAUCCAAGGAGGAGUGUGAGAAACAUUACAUGAAACACUUCAUCAACAACCCCUUGUUUGCAUCUACAUUACUGAACCUGAAGCAGGCAGAGGAGGCACAGCACAACGAGACAGCCAUUCCUUUCCACUCUGCUGAUGAUCCCCCACGGCCCACUUUUGAUUCCUUGCUCUCCAGAGACAUGGCUGGGUACAUGCCAGCCAGAGCUGACUUUGUUGAGGAGUUUGACAACUAUGCUGAAUGGGAUUUGAGAGAUAUUGAUUUUGUAGAAGAUGAUUCAGACAUUUUGCAUGCUCUGAAGAUUGCAGUUGUAGAUAUCUAUCACUCCAGGUUAAAGGAAAGACAGAGAAGAAAAAAAAUUAUAAGAGAUCAUGGCCUAAUCAACCUCAGAAAAUUUCAGAUUUUGGAAAGGAGAUACCCAAAGGAGGUUCAGGACCUGUACGAAGCAAUGCGACGAUUUGCACGAAUUCUUGGCCCAGUGGAGCAUGAUAAGUUCAUUGAGAGCCAUGCAUUGGAAUUUGAGCUGCGGAGGGAAAUAAGGAGACUACAGGAAUACAGAGCAGCAGGAAUCACCAGUUUCUGUAGUGCCAGGACAUACGACCACCUGAAGAAGAGCCGGGAUGAGGAGCGGCUGAAGCGCACGAUGCUGUCGGAGGUGCUGCAGUACAUCCAGGACAGCAGUGCCUGCCAGCAGUGGCUCAGCCGCCAGGCAGACAUUGAUUCUGGCCUGACUCCCUCGGUACCAGUUCCUUCAAACUCAGGCAGACGCAGUGCCCCGCCACUGAACCUCACGGGUCUCCCAGGGACAGAGAAACUCAAUGAGAAGGAGAAGGAGCUCUGUCAGAUGGUGAGGUUGGUCCCUGGAGCCUAUUUAGAAUACAAAGCUGCUUUAGUGAACGAGUGUAACAAACAAGGAGGCCUGAGACUGGCGCAGGCUCGGGCGCUCAUCAAGAUCGAUGUGAACAAAACCAGGAAAAUCUAUGACUUCCUUAUCAGAGAAGGGUACAUCACAAAAGCCUGAGGACAGACAGCAGUGCUUUGGCUGGAGCAGGCAGAUGUGGAGAAGCUUUGAAGUCACUUUGACAGCACUGAAAGAUUUUAGCAGUGUUGAAUGAAGGACAUUUCCUUUUGUUUAAAAUCUUUCGGGGCUUUUUUUUUUUUUUUCUUUUGUAAAAACAAGUAGGAAGCUUUGUUAAAUUGUAAGAAUACUGACAUUUCUUUGUGUGGUUUGCUUUUGACUCUGCUGUUUAACACCACUGUUGUCAGAAUUGUGCUGCCACGUAGCACUGGAAAGAAUCAUUUGCCCUAUAAGCUCAUCUUAAAUGUGAACGGGCAUUCAUGUCUGACACCUCUUGUCACUAAAGAGAGAAUCCUGGCACUUUUAUUCUGACAGGGACACAGAACGAGGACAGAAGAGCAGCAGGUGAUGAGGAUCACAUUUUGUGUGAGUGUGGGGGUAUAGAAAUGAAGUCCCCUCCCUCCUUGUCCUCCUAAAAAAGCAUCAGCUUUCAAAGGAGAUGGCACAUGCCCAAGGGUAUGAAAAUAGAGCUUGCUGUGGCCCGGUCCUUUUAACUUAAUUGUGAUAAAAGAUGGGAAAGGACAUUGCAGGGAAGCUCCUCAACAGUUGUUACUUUUAUGGGAUAUUAGCACAUCUCCCAGCACGGGAGCACUGUGUAAACCCAUCAGCUUCAUCUGCUCACCACUUGAUUUGUGAUUGUCAAGUCAGAUAUAAUCCCUCAGUUUAAGUCUUGGUUGCUUCUUGGAAAGUCUGUGUGUUACCACCAGAGCAGCCUCUUGGAAUGUAAAUGAAAAGAUGCUCAGGACCCCAAAGUUCUCUCCCAAAAGACACCAAGAGCACAACAGACAGCCCAGAGAUGCAGCCCAGCCCCUCCUGCCCUCCACUCCAUGGGUCCUCUCUCUCUCAGUUCCCUGGGUCAGCAAUGACAUUCCACACACACCAAGGAAGCAGUGAUGGGGCAAGCAAAUCCCUACACAUGCACACACCUCCCCAGCACAUCAGAGGAUCCCCAGCACAAAACAUUUGUAUUUGGAAAUGCAGAGUAGGAAGAUGGUUCUUUCAGAUGCAGCCUGGAGCAGGUUACCAGGCAGUGAAGUCUUGCUCACACAGCUUUCCUUGCUAAUGUACAAUGCCAAAGUAACAUCCCAGAAGUAACCUAAAGCUGAAACAGGUGGGGUGUUGGGUGCUCCCAAGUUUUGGGUCUUGUGUAUAAAAGCUUAACUGAGCUACAGCAACUGAUACCUAUUGAAGGUGUUUCACCCCCAAGAGUAAUUAUCCUGUGAAGCGAAGUGUUUUGAUUUGUAAUAAAAUCAAAAUGACUUGAAAUUAUCUUAAAUUGAUGUUCCUGGUCUCUGAGUGAGGCUGUAAAGGUCAGGCAGCUGCCUCUAUCCAUACCCAGCAGCCUCACCACGAGAGAGGAGGUAAAUGCACAGUGGUGGCUGCAUGGAUGUCACCACGGAGUUACCUGAAAAAUAUUAGUGUUUAAAGAAAAGCAGCAGUAAUAAAAUACUUGCUGAAGAUUGAAGUCUGUACAAAUUGAGACUGUACAGGCUGGGAGUGCCAGGGGAAUGAGCAAAGUCAGCUGUAAAUACUUGGAAAUGUUCUUCCCAGUUGUCUUUUAACAUUAAACAAGCAGUCAAGCUACUUCUCCU